UUCAAGAACAUACAACGUGUUUCUACUCAUUCACGUUAAGAAGUGGAACUCGGGCUUCGGGGUGGGCUCGAUUCGUCCGCCUGCCGGUCCCACCAGGGCGGUGCUGCAUGGUGCGUAGCCGUACACGAGCCGAACUCCAGGACAUGGCCGCUCUCUGUGGUCUGAAGGUCCUGCUGCUCUGGGCCGGGAUCUUCACCUCAGCCAACUGUGAAAAGACGACUGCAUCCCCGACGGAUGUUCCCCUCUUACCUCCACGCACCUCCACAAACUCCACCCCACGCACCGUGACAACAGCCUCUGUCACCGUGACAACAGCCUCUGUCACGCCGUCAGACUUGUCGACAGCCGCCCACACACCUCCACUCACCUCACACCCCCCAAAAGACCCCCGCGGGACCGCCGCUGCUGCUCCUCCUGCAAGCUCCUCCCCCAAAACCACCAACGCCAAUGAAGGGCCGACUUCUCCUCCAAUCAGCACGUCCAACACCACUGUGACUCCUCCCCCUGAAGCUCCCACACAAGCCCCUCCCCCUCAGCAGUGUUCUUACUCCGUCACCCCCGUGAAGUUCGGCCUCCGGGUGGACAACGGCAGCUCCUCCGUCAGCUUCAGAGAAAAGGGCGGAGUGGGCCGACCCUUCGUCCAGUUCUCCAAUCAGAGCUCUCAUGAGAUCACUCGCCUGAAGCCCUGCACUAAAUACGAGUUCCGAGGGACGUUCAUCGACGGCGCCGGAAACAAAUCGCCGUGUUCCACUGACGCCACGACGCUGGAGAUGAGUCGAGAUGACGUCACGGACGGCGGCUGCAUGCACGGGUACGUGUGCUACCGGAGCGGCUGGGACCUCAGCUCCUCUCUGCCGGAGUCCUGCCCUAACGACGCGGAGCAGCUGUGCAUCAAACCUGGUUUCCACGACAUCUGCACGACCUUCACGACGACCUUCAUCUCGGAAGCGUGCCGAUCUUCCUUCAACCUCAGCAGCCGCGUCCCCGCCGAUUUCUUAGAUCCAAGUGAAAUAAAGCUGAAGUUUCCUGAUGAACUUCCUGCAGUAAUACAAGCAGAAUUACCUCCAAACUGCAAGAAUCUCACCGUGGAUUACACCUGUUGGCGGGUUGAUGCCGCUGAUGGACUGAAGCUGCAGGAGCUGGAGCCGUUCACCAACUACAGCUGCUCCGCCCAGAUCAGAGACCACGACGAUGACAUCAUCCUGAACCACACGGCCGCCGUGCGCUUCAGGGUCGACUGCGACCUCACAAUAAACAUCACAGGGGAAACCUCCACCAACACCUCCAUCGGGUGGAGUUGGACCUCCAGCAGCCGGCGGUGUUCCCGUGUGCUUCCUGAGCUGAAGAAGAAGCUCUCUCAUGACUGCUCCUGCAGGAAGAAACACGGCGGUUCAGUUUCAGCUCAAGCGAACCCACCACAGGGAAGGUGUAAUGUCUCAGGCCUGGAGCCGUACACCGACUACAACUGUGAGGUCCUCAGCCGGUACGACGGCAGGGAGACGAUGAACCGCUCGCAGAGAUUCAGCCACAGGACAAAACCGGGGAUACCGGAUCCGGUUCCCUCCCUGACGGUGAGCGUUCCGGAGCACAACGUGAUCGUGGUCUCGUGUUCUUAUCGAAAACGUCUCAACGGACCUCAGAAGACGUUCCUCGCUUCUCUCGACGGCGUCAAGAUGGCCGAAAAAAAGGACUGCUCCUUUGAAUUCAGGGACCUGAGCUACUCGACGGACUACAGAGUGGCGGUGACUGUUUGCAACGGAAACUUUUGCAGCGAACCCAAAAGAGAAACGGUUUCCACUUCCUAUAACGACAAGGCGGUCAUUGGGCUCCUGGUGUUCCUCAUCAUCCUCACGUCGGUGGCUCUGCUGCUCGUCGUCUACAAGAUUUACAUUCUGAAGCGCAGGAAGUCCCACGACCUCGGGGAAAACAUGAUGCUCAUCUCCACAGCAAAUGACGAGCAGAACCUGAUGCCCGUCGAGCCGAUCGCAGCAGAUUUCCUGCUGGAAGCGUACAAGAGGAAACUCGCUGACGAGGGGAGACUCUUCCUGGCGGAGUUCCAGAGCAUCCCCAGAAUCUUCUCCAGGUACAGCGUGAAAGAGGCCAAGAAGUCCUGCAACGUCUCCAAGAACCGCUACGUGGACAUCCUGCCAUAUGAUUAUAACCGCGUCCAGCUGACCACCGGGAAUGGAGAAGCAGGAUGUGAAUACAUCAACGCCAGCUCCAUCGAUGGAUACAAGGAAUCCAAAAAGUACAUCGCAGCUCAAGGGCCGAAGGACGAGACGGUGAGCGACUUCUGGAGGAUGAUCUGGGAGCAGCAGUCCUCCAUCAUCGUCAUGGUGACGCGCUGCGAAGAGGGGAACAGGAUCAAGUGUGCCCAGUACUGGCCGUCUCCAGAGCGAGAGACGGAGAUCUUUGAGGAGUUCGUGGUGAAGCUGAGCUCAGAGGACCGAUGUCCCGACUACACCGUCCGCCGCCUGAGCCUCGCCAACAAGAAGGAGAAGAGCUCUGAGAGGGAGGUGACCCACAUCCAGUUCAUGAGCUGGCCGGACCACGGCGUCCCCGGGGAGCCGCACCUCCUCCUGAAGCUGAGGAGGCGUGUCAACGCCUUCAAGAACUUCUUCAGCGGCCCGAUCGUCAUCCACUGCAGCGCGGGGGUCGGCCGGACGGGGACGUACAUCGGCAUCGACGCCAUGAUGGAGGCUCUGGAGGCCGAGGGCGCGGUGGACAUCUACGGCUACAUCGUGCGGCUGCGCAGGCAGAGAUGCCUCAUGGUGCAGGUGGAGGCCCAGUACAUCCUGAUCCACCAGGCUCUGCUGGAGCACAACCAGUUCGGGGAGACGGAGCUGUCGGUGCCGGAGCUUCACGCCGCGGUGAGCGCCCUGCAGCUCCGGCACUCGGGGAACGAGCCCACCGCCAUGGAGGAGGAGUUUGAGAGACUCCCCGUCUAUAAGAACUGGAGGACGUUCAACGCGGGCCUCACCGAGGAGAACCGGAAGAAGAACCGGUCCUCAUCGGUUCUCCCGUACGACUACAACCGCGUGCUGCUGAAGGUCGAUGAAGGACGCAGCCACGACACCGACCCCAGUGAGGAAGACGAGGAGGAGUCUUCAGACGAGGAGACCGAGGAGGCCACGACGUACAUCAACGCCUCCCACAUAGAUGGGUACUGGGGCCCACACACCUUCCUCGCGGCCCAGACGCCGCUGCCGGACACGGCGGCCGACUUCUGGUCCAUGAUCCACCAGGAGAGGGCGUCGACCAUCGUGAUGCUGGGAGAAGAGGAGUCUGACGGUGUCUACUGGGGUGAAGACAAGAAGACGUUCGGGGACUUCGAGGUGGAGGUGAAGAGCAGCGACGCCUCGCCCACCGUCGUCAGCCGCAACAUGUUGCUCCGUCACGUCAAGAGGAAAGAUGUCCGGCCGGUGAAGCAGUUCCAGCUGCGGCGCUGGGCGAGCGGCGACCUGCCGGAGCGAGCGCUCCACCUCACGGACAUGAUCAGGGACGUCAAGCGCAGCCAAUCAGAGAGCAGCACGCCCAUCGUGGUCCACUGCAGGGAUGGCUCGUCCCGGUCAGGGCUCUUCUGUGCUCUGUGCAACCUUCUGGACAGCGCCGACACCGAGAAGCUGCUGGACGUCUUCCAGGUGGUCAAAACCCUCCGGAAGGAGAGACAAGGGAUGAUCUCCAACCCAGAGCAGUACCAGUUCCUGUACGAGGCCCUGGAGGGGGUCUACCCGGUCCAGAACGGGGACGUGAAGUCCACGCCGGCCUCUGCAGGAGACUCGGUGCAGAUGGUGAAUGAGACCCGAGCCGCGGAGCAGCCAGCGAGCACUACCGCCGACAGCCAGCAGGGGGCGGCAGAGAGCGCUCCUCUGGUGGCUGAUGGAGGGAAGGAAGACAACAAGGAGGAGAAUGAGUCAAAGAGAGCAUCCCUGAAGGACACCGAGGGGGUCACUGUCACUGCGGAGGUCUGAGGGGACCGGAGACCACCAAGGGGGUCCCUGUGGAGGUCUGAGGGGACCGGAGACCACCAAGGGGGUCCCUGUGGAGGUCUGAGGGGACCAGCUGGUGGUUGUGCCUUUUACUUCUGGGAAUAAGCGCUUCAGUUGAAUGCUUUCUUUUAAUUGCUCUACGGUAUGAAUGUAGAAACGUUGUAAAGUGUCGUUUUGAGAUUUGUUAAAGAAAUUUGAUCGAAUAUUAUAAACAAAUAUAUAUAAUUUUUUCUAAGUUAUGAAUAUUUUGGGGUUGUCAAAGUGUGUGUGAGGAACUGCUGUCGUCAAACUAGAGGCCUUGGUGAGCUAUUUUAAAUGAUAUCUUUAUCAGUGCAUCGUCUGUCUCACUUCGCCCUAAAUAAACUCAAUGAUAUUGUCUACACACACACACACACACACACACACACACAUGUACACACACAUAUUCUCCUGGGUCAUCAAGUAACAAAUUGGUCAUGUGACAUUGUCAUUUCAUUAAAAGACGCUUUCAAAAAAGAGUCUUAUUUAUGUUGAGUACGUGCAUUUUAACAAUAAAGUUCAAUUUUUCUGCUUA